AUCGAUUUUGUGCAUCCAACUCUCCGCCCCGCCCAACCUGCCACAACCGCCUCUUUUUUGCCAAGCGCUUUUUCUUCUUCCCGGCCAUUGGUUCUAGGUUCUCUGUCCGCCCAGCAACAGACUGUGGAAUAUGACGACAAGCUCUCGAGAGUAGCUGGUCUCGUCAUAGAGUGUCGGCUCCAAGUGUGCUCACUCGGGAUUUGAAGGAUACCAGGGCUCCACAUCGACCUACCUGCCUGCCUCUAGUUCUGUCGUCUCGAAUCGACAGGACCGGUACACUACUACCGCUGCUACUAGCAUCACUACAAACAACUUAUACGCCACCGUGUGGCGUGGUUCCGUCACUUCAAGAUGAGCUCACAGGCGCAGUCGGGGCCUUCAGGGCCCCGGGAGAAGGAGAAGAAGGGGCUGGGCAAGGUCUUGUCCAGGAUGAAGACGGUGCUCAAGAGGGACAAGCGAAAGUCAGCCAUGGUGCCUACUUCAGUUAUAGUCACCGCUGGCCCCUCAACCACUGCGCCCAAGCCCGCGGUCAGCGAGCCAUUACCACCCAGGCCCAAGAUCAUUGACCUGCCAGGCUCAGUCAAGAUCCCGCGUGCUCAGAUCCACGAGGAGCGCGCCCGGCGGCUGGGCGAGAGGUACGGCUUGGAGAUCAAACCCAGCGAAUGGCACUCGACCGAGGGCCACGCCCUGCGCGUGGACAAGCCGAUCCGGAUGCGCGUGCGGCGGGAGUGCCAUGUGUGCACGACGCAGUUCGGGCCGACCAAGGAGUGUCCCAAGUGCCAGCAUUCGUGGUGCCGGCAGUGCGUCCACUACCCACCGCGUCGCACCGAGGAGCAGCUGGUGGCGAGCCGGAUCCACCGGGCCGCCAUCCUCAAGGAGCAGCGGGAGAACGCGCCCAUAAUCCCUGACUACUCGGACCCGCUGCGCGAAAAGAAUAUUGUGCUCCGGAAGCCGGCCAAGUCGGGCGGCCAGGACCUCAUCCACAAGAAGCCGCGCCAGCGUGUGCGCCGCACUUGCCACGUGUGUCUGGCGCUAUUCCAGGGCUCCAACAAGGCGUGCAGCAACUGCUCGCACGCCCGUUGCACGGAUUGUCCCCGCGACCCGGCCAAGAAGGACAAGUACCCAUACGGUUAUCCGGGAGACGAGUUUGGACCAAACUCUAUCCCGCACUACCAAUGCCACUGCUGCAAGACCAAGUUCCUACCGGCUGCCGAGCCAGGCGCCGAGUGCAGCAAAUGCUCACACGAGAAGUGCGACCAGUGCCCACGCCUACUGCCGCAAAAAGUCGAGCCCGAACCAGACCCGGCCGUUGUCCAGAGCAUCGAAGCAAAACUGGCGAGCUUGAGAUUCGGGUGAUUCUGGCCGACAAGGCCAACGAGGAGGUGUUGAUACGGAGAUGGAGUCAUUGGGGGGCUUUACAGCGAUAGCGAUUUGAUUUGGAUGGCUUUUUUGGAGUGCUGAUUCUUGUUUGAUCUUUUUUAUUAUUGCAACUACAUAUUGUCUAUUCUCUGGGUUUCAACCACUUGGCAUAUCGAGCUGUGUCUCUCUCUUUUUUUCUUUUUUUUUUUUCUAUUAAGAGAAGACCUCUCACGUCAUGUUGGUUGAACCAGGCAUCUACUCAAAACAUCCGACGAGCAUGAACGAAUACACGAGACGAUUUUAUGGUACUUUUUCAAUGACACCAAUGCUGGUUGUUACUCGCAAG